GCAUGCGGUGCGCCAUACUGAAGCAGACGAGAGGUCUGGCAAUGUUCUGGUUUUUGCACCAACUUCAUUACAUGCGUUAGUUCAGUAUGUAUACCGAGAGAUGCACAAUAAAAAGCUAACGCUGAAACAAAUAUAAAAGUAAUGACCCCAACAGGCCAAACACCAUCUUUGAAACCAAGGAGCUGCUCAAGCACUCCACGCUCCCUACCCCCGCACUCGGAGGUGCACGCGCACGCACAAUAAAGAGGAAGCCUCAUUGGCUGCAUUUCCGGAAGCCAGGGCUUAGCACCACCCCUUCCGGCGCCUGGUCCUCCCGCCUUCCCGCCAUCCCACCUCCACGCCGCCAGCUCUGCGGCUGCGGCCCCGGUGAACUGAAGGCGCAGAGGCAAACGGUGUUGGCUUGGGCUUGGGCUUGUGCGCCUCGCCCCCGUUCUCACGCGCUGCCACCAUGAAUAUCCGCAACGCCCGGCCGGACGACCUGAUGAACAUGCAGCACUGCAACCUGCUCUGCCUGCCUGAGAACUACCAGAUGAAAUACUAUUUCUACCAUGGCCUUUCCUGGCCGCAGCUCUCCUACAUCGCCGAGGACGAGGACGGGAAGAUUGUGGGCUACGUCCUGGCCAAAAUGGAGGAGGAUCCAGACGAUGUCCCGCAUGGACACAUCACCUCUCUGGCCGUGAAGCGCUCGCACCGGCGCCUCGGCCUGGCCCAGAAGUUAAUGGACCAGGCCUCCCGGGCCAUGAUAGAGAGCUUUAGCGCCAAGUACGUGUCCCUGCACGUCCGGAAGAGUAACCGCGCGGCCUUGCACCUCUACUCUGACACCCUCAACUUUCAGGUUAGUGAGGUGGAACCCAAAUACUAUGCCGAUGGGGAAGAUGCCUACGCUAUGAAGCGGGAUCUCUCGCAGAUGGCAGACGUGCUCAGACAGCAGCCGGAGCCGAAGGAGAAGGGCGGGUGUGUGCUGCUCUGCUCCACGGAGAGCCAGGAGAGCCAGGACAGCGUGCUUCCUGGGUCGGCAGACGCCUGCCAGCAGGAGAACGCGGCUGCUGCUGUCGGUGGCAGCGGCAGCAAGGAACCCAGCACUGACGUCCAGAGCAGCGCGGAGGACUUCAGUUCCACCUCCUGGAGCCUGCCUGAGAUCUGCAGGCCCUCAUGUUUCAGCCACAUCUAAUCCUUGGACCCCAGCUUAGUCUGUCUGCUCUCCAGCAUCUGCAUUGGGGUCAUCAUCCCACAGUGACUCAAAUGACUUCUCAAUCUCAACGCUCAACAACUGUCCAUAUACUGUACUGGGAUCAUGAAGGAAAACCUGGACAGAAGAGCCUGCUGCACAGCAGCCAAGGAAGUUUGAAGCCGGCUAUUAGAGAACCUUCCUUGGCCUGCUCACACCAUGCCACCAUUCUUUCCUGUUUGUAGUAGUCCUGUGUUGUGUGUGGUUAUCCUGCAAGGUUGUCUCCUCCUAGAACGCUGAACAGGUAGCAGGGUGAACUCUUAACGCUCCCUAGCUUUCAGUUUUUGCCAUUAUUUAUCUCGAUGUUCAUCACUGAGGGAGUAAUCAGGAUCAUCAAGUCAGACCUCAUGCCCCCUCCCUCAUCUUAUAUGGCAGAAGUGUCCUAUUUCCUCUUCCUUUCUCUGGAAACUCCCCAUUUAUCCCAUCCUCCUCUUUCUUAAGGAGGUAUUCUCCUUCCCCUUCCCGAGGGAGAAGGUGCUAAGUUAGGGCUUCUGCUGUGCAAUCAGAACUUGGAGAUUUUAAGAAAAGGAUAACCAAUAAUUAAAUUGAAUUUCUAACCUCCUUGUUUGUGUCAAAUUUUUUGUUGUGUUGUGUUUAUUUUUCAUGAUGUAGCUAGUCAUUUGUAGAGUACCUGUGAUGUUCAAGCAUAUUGCUAGUGCUCUUAUAUUUAGUCCUUCCACAACCCUGUAGGUAGAUAUUUUUAUUCUUGUGCAGAUGAGGAAACUGAAGGCCAGAGAAGAAAAGUAAACAUCCAAGAUAGGAACCCAAAUCUGUGUGAAUUCAAACCUGAAAUUCUUUCUGCUUCACUAUUACUAUUCUUUGUAUUUUAUUUAAAAAACUUUAAAAUAUCAGUAAAAGGCAAAACCUAUUGUUUAGGAAUGUUACAUGUUGACUCAAUAUGUAGAAUCUGUGUGGGUUGAAAAUAGCUGUAAAAC